AUGACCUUCACCUUCACAGCCCUGCUCCGUCUGGGACUGACUCUGGACCUGGGGACCCAAGUACUGGCAGGGGCCCUCCCUAAACCUGUCCUCACAGUACAGCCAGACUCUGUGGUCUACAUGAAGACUACAGUGACCUUUUUAUGUGAGGGGACCACAGGAGCCAAAGUAUACAGACUCUACAGAGAUGGGUACCAAUAUCUAAGGCACACAGAGAAUCCACAGAAUCCUAAGAACAAGGCUGAAUUCUCAAUCUCAAAAAUAACCCAUCACCAAGCAGGACAAUAUCACUGUCAAUAUCAGACUCGUGAUGGAUGGUCAGAGUACAGUGACGCCCUGGAGUUGGUGGUGACAGGAGCCUACAGUAAAUCCAGCCUGUCAGCAAGGCCCAUCCCUAUGGUGACUGAAGGAGAAAAUGUCACCCUCCAGUGUGCCUCAUGGCAGCAAUAUGACAGGUUCAUACUGAUGAAGGAAGGACCACAGAGGCUGUUCUGGACACUGGACUCACAGUAUAACUUCUAUACUAGACAGUUCCAGGCCCUGUUCUCUGUGGGCCCUGUGACUUCCAACCAAAGGUGGACAUUCAGAUGCUACAGCUUUAACAAAUAUAGACCACAGUUGUGGUCAGAACCUAGUGAGCCCCUGGAGCUCUUGGUCUCAGGGACUCUCCACAAACCCACAAUGAAAGCUGAGCCAGGCUCUGUGGUUACAUCAGGAAGUCACAUGACCAUCUGGUGUCAGGGGAACCUGGAUGCAGAAAUAUGUGUUCUGCAUAAAGAGGGAAGCCAAAAACCCUGGGGCACACAGACCCCAGAGAAUCCUGGGAACAAGGCCAAGUUCUCCAUCCCUUCUGUGACACAGCAACAUGGGGGACAAUAUCGCUGUUAUUGUUACAGCUCAGCUGGCUGGUCAGAGCCCAGUGACACCCUGGAACUGGUGUUGACAGGAAUCUAUAACAUUAAACCAAGGCUGUCAUCCCUGUCCAGCCCUGUGGUGACUUCAGGAGGGAAUAUCACUCUCCAGUGUGUCUCAUGGGAGGGAUAUGAAAAACUAGUUCUCACCAAGGAAGAUCAGAAGUUCCUCAGCUCUCAGAACACACAGUAUAUACACAGUAUUAGGCAGUGGCAAGCUUUGUUCUCUAUAGAUCAUGUAACAACAGACCACAGAGGGACAUUCAGAUGUUACGGUUACUACAACCAUACCCCACAGCUUUGGUCAGUACCCAGUGAACCCCUGGAAAUACACAUCUCAGGCCUCUCCAAGAAGCCCUCAUUGCUGACUCAUCAAGGCCAGAUCCUGGACCCUGGAAAGACCCUCACCCUGCAGUGUUGCUCUGAUAUCAACUAUGACAGAUUUGUUCUGUACAAGUUGGGAGGAGCUGACUUCACUCAGUAUGGUGGCCAGUGGACCCAGGCUGGCCUCUCCAUGGCCAGCUUCAUACUGGGCCCUGUGAGAAGUUCUAUCACAGGCCAGUACAGAUGCUAUGGUGCACACAACCUCUCCUCUGAGUGGUCAGCCUCCAGUGACCCCCUGGACAUCCUGAUCACAGGACAGCUUCCCUUCAGUCCUUCCCUCUCAGUGAAGCCUAACUCCACAGUACACUCUGGAGACAACGUGACCCUGCUGUGUCAGUCAACAGACCAGGUGGACACUUUCAUUCUGUCCAAGGAGGGAGCAGCCCACCAACCCCAGCCACUAAAAUCAAAGUUUCAAGUUCAGGAGUUCCAGGCAGAAUUCUCCAUGAGUGCUGUGACCUCUGACAUCUCAGGCACCUACAGGUGCUAUGGAUCUCAAGACUCAUCUCCCUACCUCUUGUCACAUGCCAGUGCCCCUGUGGAGCUCACUGUCUUAGGAUCCUUUGGAACUUCCAGCCUGCCACCCUCAAGGCCCAUGUCAACAGCAGCCUCAGAGAUCCAGGAUCACACAGUGGAGAAUCUCAUCAGGAUGGGGUUUGCUGCCAUGAUCCUCACAGUCCUUGGGAUUCUGGUCUUUGAGGCUUGGGGCAGCCAGAGGCGGGCCCAACGUGCAGCUGAGAAGUAAUCAGAGAAGAAAGAAGUACAUCUCUCAAGGUUCCAGAGUCUGGGAAAUAAAUGUGAUGAUCCCAAGAAUUCUGUAAGAAAAUCCAGUUCUUACACUGAGGAACUGGAGAGAGAAUGUCCAGGGAGUGAAUGUGUUUUGGGUGCAGAGAUAACCUUGGGUGUGAUGAGAUCCUUCCUCAGCAAGUGAGUUUACAUCCCUCCACCUAUUGUGGUGUUUGCUGACUUACCUUUAUUGACCUAUAUAUUGAAGGUAUGUCCUUUCCCAUCUGCCUGGCUUAGCUCAUUUCUGUACAUUUUUCACCCUCCCCAUGUGUCAUUUUCCAUUUUAAUAAAUUGUCACAUUCUCUAUGGCAGAAGUGUCACUCUAUUGAACUAGAAAUAAAGA